AUCUCCUUUGUAAAAACACAAACCUCUCGGUACAUUUAAUCUUAUUAAAUCCUCUGACUUUUAUAAAAGCCUAAGUAGAUCAUCGCCAGCUCGUUUUGAGGCCGUUACAGCUGGUUACAGCUGGUUAAAGUGUGUGUGGGCGUCGCACCGGAUGCACCAUCUGGUGGCAGCUUGGUUUUUUCCUCUUAGGGGUGGUGGCCGCUGUUUUGCUCCAGAGCUUCCAGAUCAGCAUGGGAAUGUUGCGAGGGAAUCUCUAAACUAAACUUGUGUUAAAGUGCUAGAUAAGUUACUGCAAGUCCCCCCAACCGGCUCUUCCACGUCCCCGGAGCUCCGCCGCACCGCCGCAGCCUGGUAUCGAACCCGCGGUUGGGCCGUUUAACAGCGAUCAACCCGGACAAAGGAACCGAGACUACCGAGCUCAGUUAGCUGGUCCCGGGUUAACUUAGCAUUCCUCUAGCUGCGGCGCAAUGCAGGCCAUAAAGUGUGUCGUUGUCGGAGACGGAGCUGUGGGUAAGACCUGCCUGCUCAUCAGCUACACCACCAAUGCCUUUCCUGGAGAAUACAUCCCCACAGUGUUCGACAACUACUCGGCCAACGUGAUGGUGGACGGGAAGCCGGUGAACCUGGGUCUCUGGGAUACAGCAGGACAGGAAGACUACGACAGACUCCGCCCACUUUCCUACCCACAGACGGAUGUGUUUCUCAUCUGCUUUUCUCUCGUGAGUCCGGCCUCAUUUGAAAACGUCCGUGCCAAGUGGUACCCUGAGGUGAGACACCACUGUCCCAACACUCCCAUCAUCCUGGUGGGCACCAAGCUGGAUCUGAGAGAUGACAAGGACACCACGGAGAAGCUGAAGGAGAAGAAGCUCACUCCGAUCACAUAUCCCCAAGGACUGGCCAUGGCCAAAGAGAUCGGUUCCGUCAAGUACCUGGAGUGCUCCGCCUUGACUCAACGUGGCCUUAAAACGGUGUUUGACGAGGCCAUCCGGGCCGUCCUCUGCCCUCCACCGGUCAAGAAGAAUAGGAGGAAGUGCUCUCUCCUCUAAGACUUCCUUCACUGGAACGGUUACAGGGGAACACAACGCUAGUGGUGAGGGGUGGCUAAAGCUAAAGACAGACACAGGAGAAACACACCAGUAUACACACAAACACACAGACUUCACAUACUUUCCUUCCAAGUGUAGCUACAGCAGUUCUACCAACCGAUUCCAUGAAAAAAAACACAGGAUAGAUAGGGUCAGAUCCUAGACCCUAGAUUGGGGGUCGGCAACCUUUUCGGCACCUCUCCAGUAGCUACCUGUUGCUUUGACAAGAAAGAAAAAAAUUAAAUUUGUCUACAAUUUAAUCCACAUUGUUGUACUGAUUCUUACAUUCUCUAAUUGUACAAAUAUGUAUCCUGUAGGCAGGAAAAACAAUAUUUUAGUCGACUUAAAUGUGCAUUACAGCCUUUGAACAUCUGGCUCUUUGCGCCAUUUUAAAUAAAAUUUUUGCAAAACUAGCUACAACAGAAAAGACAGAUUCCUUUACAAGAACUACCAGAGCUUCAUGAUGAGUGAUUUGCAGUAAAAAAGUGGCAAAUUACUUUCAUUAUAAGGCUCAAAGAUGGAUUUUUCUUUCAGUUUUUUGGCCAAAAAUGUCUCUUUUCAUGGAAAAAAGGUUGCCGACCCCUGCCCUAGCUCGUUCCCAACUACAUAUACUGUAUAGACAACACUAUGAAAUUCUUGAGGCCUUCUAAAAUGGAUUGGAUGUUUUUGUAAAAAAUGGACCGUGGAAUGUUUUCAAUUUGUUCUUCCACUGGUUGUCCACAUUUUUGUUUCUGUUUACAGUCUCGCUUGUCUCGAGUGGAAGAAAAUUUGCCAAAUACAUUCUGCAGAUGUUUUAACAGAAGAGAAAAACUUUUGUUUCAUUGUCUCGAACCUUUUUAAAAACCAUCAGAAUACAGCUGAUAGUUUGUGUUUGUUCACCUUCAUAAUCAACAAGGCAUUUUAUUAUUUUUUGUUUUAUUGGCGACGGCAACUCGUGUCGUUGCUCCGUCAACAAGGAACUUGAAGUAAACAUCUCUACGGGUUCUUUUUGCCUCAAAUUACUGUUCGUGCUGCACAAAUCUCUUAACCCUUUGAUGCACAACAUGGUCUAAAGUGACCCAGUGACAGAGUUUUUAUGUUCUAUAUCUUUGCAAUAAAUCAUUUUCAUUAUUCAGUAUUCCAGGUUUUCCUCAAUCAGUUUGUUUUCGAUCAUCAUACUUCCUAAUUUUUAUGUUUUCCUUUAUUAAUUUUUGUGUCACUACUCUUCUAAUGCACAACACGGGUCAGAAAUGACCCAUAUCCCUUUUUAAGCUAAGUAGCUUGCUAAGCUAACUACUUAGCUAAUGCUGCGUUCGAUUGCACUCGGAACUCGGAGAGAUCCGAGUUGGAAAUUCCGACUUCCGAGGUAAAUGCGUUUCAUUUAAAAGUUAUUCUGGGGAAGAACAUCAGCUACAUCAGCUAUUAGUAACACAAUCGGUAAAUUAAACAACACAUAACAGACUAAAUGUUGAAGAUAAAGUGACUUUUUACCUCUCACGGUGUGUGGCGCCAUUUUGCUUUGGCGUUUUCCACGUAUUUCCGACCUACUCGGGCUGCUUGGAUUGGAUCCUACCCCAAUUCCCGAGUCGGAAUCCCGAGUUCAAGGGCCGUUCUAUUGCACUUUUCCGACUCGGAGGUCGGAUCUUUCCGAGUUCUGAGUGCAAUUGAACGCAGCAUAAGUAUUUAGCUUAGUAGCUUGCUAAGCUAACUACUUAGCUAACUUCUUGGCUAAGUAUUUAGCCUAGUAGCUUGCUAAGCUAACUACUUAGCUAACUUCUUGGCUAAGUAUUUAGCCUAGUAGCUUGCUAAGCUAACUACUUAGCUAACUUCUUGGCUAAGUAGUUAGCUGUGUAAACAUACAAAAACCUUUUUUUCUUCAUAAAGUAUGAGAGGCAAAAUGGAAAUUUGGAAUAUUCAAUCAUAAAAUAAGUUGAUAUCAAAAGAGCACAGAAACACACAGCAGCAUUAAAUAACAUGAAGGGAAUGAAUGAGGGUCAUUUUUGACCCAUGUUGCGCAUUAGAAGAGGUUAAUAUGUUGAGCAUCAAAGGGUUAAAUCUGUUAGUUUUCAGUCCUAGCACACAAGUCAUUUAGUCCAUUCAUUCUCAUGGACUCUAUGACGCCUGACGUACUGAAAACUCACACUGGAACAGUUUUUUUCCAACACCAACUGUGCUAUUAAACCCCGACAAACCUAAACGAUCCAGUAUUUUCUGUGUUUGGCUCCGACCGGUCAACUUUAUGGUAUUUUUUUCUUCCUUUUUUCCUCUUUUACAACGUUUCCCUAGAAGUGUCUCUCAACUGUGUAGCUGCCCAGGAGUGCAACGCUGAAAACUUUAUUAUUAGAUAUCGGAUUAGAACUGUUUAGGUGUUUUGGUGGCGGGGAACAAGAGCACCUUUAAUGCUCUGUGGGCAUUUAUCAGAAACCUUUUAUGUGCAGCACAUUUGAUUCUUUAAUAGCAUCACUACUGGCUAAGCAAUGUCACUAAGAAGAGCAUUUAUGCGGCUAAUAACAGUAACAAAGCUGCUGUCGGUUCUGGUGUAGUAUACAGUGUACUCAUCCUUUUGUUAUAAUCAUGUGAUUUGACUGUUUUGUAUCACUUCACUCACUGUAUUGUUAAACUAACACUAUGAAUAUCCUUUUGUUUAUUACCUCUACAGUUAACGCUACCUUAAUCUCCCUACAUUUGCCUAGCUUUUUGUAAUUAAUGCUGAUAGCAUGUAUGUGCAACAUAUACUGAAAAAAAAACUAAGAUUAGAAUCGCAACAGCUAUAUUUUUUGCCUAUUUACAAAAAUGUAUUUGAACUACUAGAUCAGGAGUUAAGUACAUGUUGCUCAUCUGUAUUGUAUUCAGACAUCAAGCUGUGCUUUAAUUCAAGCCAAUGUUGUGACUCUUUAGUUUUAUGGAUAAAAAGCUAUUGUCACUUUUUGAAAAAGCCAAUAAAUUCAAGUAAAACAA